AAUUCUGUGGAGCGAGGGCCAAAUUUCUCGCCGUGUCUCCGAGCUCGCCGCCAAAUCUGACUUUGUAGGUUCUUCACCAGCCCCCAUAGUCGUCGGUGUGGCCACUGGUGCCUUCCUCUUCGUGGCAGAUCUUGUUCGCAAGAUCGAUUUCUCCAUACCCGUUGAUUUCAUUCGAGCUGAAUCCUACGGCUCCAGAACUGAGUCAAAUGGCGCACCAAUCAUUUCCUUCGAUUUGAAGGUUGACAUCAACGCUCGUCACGUCAUCUUGGUUGAAGACAUUGUAGAUACUGGUCAUACCUUGUCUAGAGUCUUUAAGCACUUGAAAUCAAAAGGAGCAUCCUCUGUUUCUGUGUGCACUUUCCUUGAUAAACCUUCAAGGAGAAAGGUGGAUGUUCAGCUUGGUCGGUGA